AUGGUGAUAUACUAUUCGAAGUCAAGUGAAAAAUUUAGUCCCACUCUGACAGUCAAACAUAAACAUUAUCAAGAAGUAUUACUAGAUAUGAAGGAGAUGCGCCGAGCUUGUAGGCCACAACCAUCGCUGAUCUCGCGACUGAACUGCAAAACAUGUAAUCGGGUUUUGUUCUUCAUCGCCGGCGUUGGAAGUGGUGUAUUCUACAUCCGGCAUCAAGAACAGAUAGCCGAAGAGCUCAGGAAUGCCGAACAGGGCAAUAACAAGAAGGAUAAGGGCAACUACUUUACACCGAAUGAAUUGAAUGACGAUCUAAUACAGCUAAAGAUAGUGCAAAUCGUAACAAGGAUGUAACGUCUGCCUAACUCUAGCCCUAUUUGUACGACUUUCAAGGCGCCAUAUAGCACAGCACUUGGAAUGCAGCUCCCCCCAGACAUUAACAUCGCGGACCCGACCAGGCAUGGAGACCGGGCAAACAACACGACAUGAAUAUAUUAAAAUUAGUAGUAAAUAAUAUUGGGCUUUUUGUAACGAAAAAUUCAUUUUCAAGCCUAAAAUUAAUUUAUAUAUUAAUGUAUAUAAUAUACACCCAACGAAAUAAAUAAU